AUGACACUUGACUACGUCAACCUGGUCCUUCAGAUUCGCCGUCGACUCGAGCUGCUGAACGAGGAGUUCCACCAGGUGGUGGACAGCUGGGAGGAGAGGACGGGCGAGGCCCGUCCUGACAUGUCUGCGGCGACGACGGAGCGACUCUCUCAGUCUUGCGUCGACCUGCUGCUCCACCUGCGGGGCCUGACGUCACACAGGUGUGCAAAAAUGGCUGCGCUCGCGAACGACGCUUUCGGGACGUCGCUGCUGUUCCUGCUCGCGACCGUCUUCGCAAUGGUGGUGUUCACCGCCUUCUUCUGCAUCUCCGGGGCGCUGACCGCGGGCGGGGGAGCCCCCGUGUGGUGGUCCGUGGUCAGCUCGGCCGCGUGGUUCUCGCUGUACUCGGGGCAGGCGGCGGCCGCCGUGUGGGCGUGCGCGGGAGUCGGCGCGCAGCUCGCCGUCACCCGGGGCUCCGUGCAGGACCUGCUGCUGUGCCCCCGGCUGGGCGCGGCGGCCAGGGAGCAGCUGAGGCUGCUGCGGCAGCUGGCGCGCGGCGAGGCCUGGGUCUUCACCGCCGGCGGGGUCUUCAGGCUGGAUGCGCGCCUGCUCGGCUCCGUGGCCGUUGCCUCCACCUCGUACCUGCUGGUGCUGCUGCAGAUGUCGCCGGGUCCCGGCCGGCCCUGCCGCAACUCCACCCUCUGA